AUGGAAAUCGCCCUACAUGCAUAUCGAACGAUCCAUGGCGAAGAUCAUUCAGAAACAGCAUUAAUGAAUCUCAAUCUUGGUGCUCUUACUACAGAAACUAAAGAAUAUGACCAAGCAGAAGUUUAUUGUAAACAAGCAUUAAAAUCUUUCGAAAAAAUUUUUCAUGCUGAUCAUCGUUAUAUUGCAUUAGCUUAUUGUAAUAUUGGAGUUAUUUAUUGUUGUUUAAAACAGUACGACUUAUCAUUACAUUAUUAUCAGAAACAACUUGAAAUUCAGCAACGUACGAUUCCGGCAGAUAGUUUUGAAUUCGGUAUAGCGUAUCUCAAUAUGGGUGAAGUAUACGAAGAACGUGGCGAAUAUGAUCAAGCGUUAUCUUAUUAUGGAAAAGCAAGUGAAAAUUUUCGCAAUGCAGCAUUAUUACCCGAGAACGGUGCAAUGAUAGAACUGAACCAACACAUAAAAUCAACAAAUGAAAAAAAGAAUCUACUCUUUGCUACAUCAAUUUUCAGGAAACGUUUUCUGCGCACUGUUGCUAAAACAAUAAUUUUAACAUUAUGUGUGCUGAUUAUUAUAUACUGGAGCUUUCUAAAUUAUAAUAAAUAA